AUGGCUCACAAAUUCGGGGUUAACUACGAAAGGCACCCAAUGGUAGCGCCCAUCUGGGAUCGUCUACAGGGCAUCGAACAACAGCUGGACCGGCUCGACCUCGCAGUGAACACUAUACUGAAGCAUUUGAACAUCUCACUACCAAGUGAGCUGGGGCCAGUGAACGGAGAGCCAAACCACGUCUCUUCCACCUCACAAUCUGAAGUUGCCCCAGGGUCUCAGGUCUCUGACGCGCCGUAUGUGUACAAAGCGCUCAGCUUUGAAAAAGCAGAGAUUCGCCUGCUCGCUCUUUACAAUGCAGACGAUGACUCGGAAGAGAUCAAGGGCACUCUGGAGCUCUUGAGUCUCGAGGCACCUCAGACUGCGCGACUGAAGCAGUACAAUGCCAUGUCAUACUGCUGGGGGGAACCCAAGAUGGACGGACGUGUCAUCGUCGACGGUCAUGUCUUUCCGGUCACUAGGAAUUUGGAGAGUGCAUUGCGCCAGAUGAGGAAGAGAGCCACAAAGGAAGCGGCGACUGCCAGGGCACCUUCUCCAAUGACUCUCUGGUGGAUUGACCAGAUCUGCAUCAAUCAAGAGGACAUCGAAGAACGAGGUAAUCAAGUUUCGUUGAUGCGCCGCAUCUACAAGGGUGCCCAGUCUGUUCAUGUCUGGCUUGGCGAUGCCAUCGAAGGGAGUGCACUCGCCAUGGAUGUUGUUGGCAAGAUUGGCCGGCCUCCCGCCCGAGGCCCUGGGGAGAAGGAGGUUGAAUAUCCAGAGCUCUCAGAAGAGGAAGUGCGCAAGAAUUGGCAUGCUUUGCGUCUAUUACUGGAUCAACCCUGGUGGCUACGAAGUUGGAUCCGUCAAGAGGCAUCGUUAGGAUCCCGAACACAGGUCAGUUGGGGUGACUACAAUAUCGGGUUCGACGUAUUAUCGCAAGCUGUCAUGGCCAUUGAGUAUGCAGACAGCCUUGGCCACCAACUUCCCGCGCUGUGCUUGGGUGCCGAAAACCAGCAACCAGGAGACGGCACGCUUGAUUUCAGCUUCUACCACCAGGCGCGAAGCCUUCGUACCUUGAGGAAAGCCUCUCACUCAGGCCGCUCGUUUGUGCCACUACACGAGCUCCUCCUUCAUUCCCGCCACUGCAAAGCCACGGAUCUGAGAGACAAGGUCUAUUCGAUGCUGGGAAUGGCAGACCCGGAGGUUUACCUGCUGCGACCGGAUUAUCGACUUUCUCUUCCCGAAGUCUUGAAGUCGGCUGCCCGCGCGAUCUUGCCUCAGAAGAAGGGGUUACGGCUCCUGGGCGCUUGUCAGAAUUAUGAACGGCGCCACGACUUGCCAUCUUGGGUGCCGAACCUGAUUGACGACUGGAAAUAUCGCCCCUUCGAAGCCGAUGACGUGAGACACCACAUCUCGAUCGCAGAGCCAAGCGUUCAAUUCGAGCAUGACACGCUGCUGAUCAAAGGGUUCAUCUUUGACACGGUGACCACAAUUUGUGAUACCGUCGUGCCGCCCAAUGCCACUACGGAGCAGAUCGACGACGUAUACCGGUCAUGGCAAGAAUUCGUCGAGAAGGCACACGAAGCUGGACACACUGAUGUUGGCGGACACCAGUACGGGGCAACAUACGGCCUUCACGAGAAGAAGGACAUGUUCUGGGUCAACUUCCUGUCCACCGACCGCAUGGCCAGCAGGCAUCUCCGCUACUCACAGGACGACAACACCACCCUUCUCCCCGAGCGUGAGGACGGAUUGAAGAUGCAAUACCUUGGUCUGAAUCUGAAGUUGGCGCAGAGUUACCUGCUUCCUGCAUCCUCUGAACCGAGCAGCUUGCAUCCGCUGCGUCCUAUCAGAGCUGCAUUGAAAAAGUACGGAGUCGGUCGACGAGUGGGGAUAUGCGUGGGACAGAAGACUCCCGUGCUCUUGCCCGGAGAUGCCAUGCCAGGUGAUGCGAUCGCUGUCUUCAGAGGGGCUAGCUUCCCAUAUGUCCUGCGCAAGCUCUCAGUGGAGGGCCAAGGGACGGCGGAGGAGCAGUAUGUGCUGGUGGGCGAGGCUUUUUUGCCCGAAACGGCAUCGAACAAGGCGAUAGCAUUUGCACCCAAGACAGCGGAUGCGAUACGCAUUGUCUGA